AUAAUAGGAAGAACUUUACCUACACCAGUGUCCUGUAAAGUGUGUGGUGAUCGAUCAUAUGGAAAACAUUACGGUGUUUAUUGCUGUGAUGGUUGCUCGUGUUUCUUCAAGAGAUCCGUGCGUCGCGGUGCUCUGUUUACCUGCACAAACAGUGAUGGAUCCUGCACUAUUGACAAAGCUAGACGAAAUUGGUGUCCACAUUGCCGUCUAAAGAAAUGUUUCUCCGUUGGUAUGAAUACAGCGGCGGUGCAGGAAGAACGAGGACCACGUGCUCGAAACAAUUCGCUCUCAAAUCCACAUAAUUUUAACAGCACUUGGAAGCCUAGAGUUAAUCCGUCAACGUCUUUUUGUGCACGCCUUAAUAAUUCCGAGACAUAUUUGCCUUUCAAGAAUCCCACACUAAGUAAUACUCUAAUGAUGAAAACGUCAUACGAGUCUGAAACUAGAGAGAACGUUUUCUUUCCCAUCAUGACGCGUUAUCCACAGUUGACAAGGAUUAUAUCACCUGACACGGCUAUACAGUACGAAAUAUCCGCGCAAAUAUUCCUAGCAGCUAUUCGGAAUGCACGUCGUCACCGAGAUUUUUCGGUACUCAAUAUGGAUGACCAAAACAAGAUUCUUCGUCGUGGAUGGUCUGCUCUUUUUGUUUUACGUGCAGCUACAUGGCCGAUUGAUUUGAUGAACAUACGAGGGCAAAGUGUAACGAGUAAUGAUAGUGCUUUAGCCUGCAUAAUUGCAACGCGCACUACAAUCGAAAAAUUGCAACUCGACGAUGUCGAAUUGUGUGUUUUAGACACUUUUACAUUGUGUCGUCCCGAAAUCGCCAAUACUACUAACGGUGUCCAUAUAAUGUCACAAGCGAGAAAUAAUGCCGUGAAAACUCUCAUACGACAUCUCCAACAUCAAGACGACCGAGAAAACAAACUGGCGAAGAUUCUAUUUAUCCUACCUCUUCUCACCGGAUGUUGUCCGCGAGAAUUGGCUGAAGAAUUGUUUGCACCAAUUAUUGGCGAUACAGAUCUAGAAAGAGUUAUCGCGUCUAUACGAUAG